UUAUUAUAUCUCUUUAUUUUCUCCCUACCAAUUUAACACACGCUUUCUUCUCUCUCUACUCUCUCUCUCUCUGCUCAGACUUUAUCCGAUUUGGGCCUAUUGAUCUCUACUUUGCCCCUUCGAUCUUCACAGUUCACCCCUAAUUUUCGGAUAAGGUCUGAGCAUUCAAAUCUAGCUUGAGGAAUUCUUGUUCGCUUGUUCUCGUUUCCUGAAUCAACCAACGUUCAUGUCUGAUCUUGAUAUCCAAAUUCCUACUACUUUCGAUCCUUUUGCUGAUGCAAAUGCUGAGAAUUCUGGUGCCGGAACAAAGGACUACGUUCACAUUCGUGUACAGCAGCGAAAUGGUCGGAAAAGCCUGACAACUGUCCAGGGAUUGAAGAAAGAAUUCAGCUAUAACAAAAUCUUGAAGGAUCUUAAGAAAGAAUUUUGCUGCAAUGGAACUGUUGUCCAGGACCCAGAAUUAGGCCAGGUUAUUCAACUCCAAGGUGAUCAGCGAAAGAACGUUUCUUCGUUUCUUGUUCAGGCGGGAAUCGUGAAGAAGGAGCAUAUCAAGAUUCAUGGUUUUUAAGCUGCAUCGUCUAUAUUCGCAUUGUGGCUAUUCAACCUUGUCUCGGAGGGAGUACUAUGAUAUGUGAAGCUAUUAUCAAUCUAGUUACUUUGUAUGCUUAAGAUCGUGUGGUACACUUAUACUUUAACUACUUUUCCAGUAUCUCGUGUUUUCUGUUAUGUGUGAUGUUGAAUCAACUUCUUCUAUUGUUGGUGGAUUUAAAUAAUAAUGACAUUCUGGAUUUGAAUGAUAUGCCUCGUCUUUCUGCGUA